UAAAUAGGCACAAUAAUCGCUGUUUUGAGUCCGAAAAUUCUCUAACGAAUAUCUGUUCUCUGGAAUGCGAGUCUUCAUAUGAGUGUGGAAGUGCCGAUGGUAUGUGUACACUUUACCCGCUCCUAGUUAAGAAUCAGUUAAAGUUUGAUUACAAAUAAUUAAAAACUGGACACGGUGUAUAUUUUCUUUCCAUUACAUUAAAAAAAGAACUAGUCAGUGCCAGCUUGAUGCAAGCUCUUGCCUGUUCCCGCUGCCUUUCUAAACUUUCCCAACCUGGAAAAAAAUUGAUGGCGGCGUUUCAGGAUGGCGCCGCCUUAGAAUAAGGAUAUAUUUUUCACUUCGCAUAAACCAUCUUACUGUACUGGCUAAAACCAUCAAGUUUGUACGCCAUAGCUUUAAAAUCUAACAAUAACUCCUGAAUUUUUGCUGAAUCGAAAUCAAAUUUCUGUGAAGGUGCCGUGUAAUGGCUAAAUGGCCGUUGUGCUAAAUGCUUGUUUACUCACAUUUCAUCUUAAUGAUAUAAUGACCAUUCCUUGUUUUCAGAAAAAUUUGGGAUCCUUUCAGACAAAGGAUCUUUCAAAACCUAUGAUGGUAAGUGCAAGCAGUAUAAUAAUUAUAGCGUAUUUUCUAGUAAAUACUAAUUUCUGGUGCCCUUAAAGAUACAUGUGUGAGCUGUGACAGUAAAUGAUUGUUUUCAAACACUUUUCAACUUUUUUCGUAUAUUUACCGUUUAAAAACUAUCCGGUAAAGGCAGAUCGUUGAUUGGAAAAUGUUAUUAGACAGAAAUCAAAGCCACAUGCCCUCAUUAAACCGCCAUAAUUGAUUCCUUUAUAGCAACACUGAAACAACGAAUAUGACUUCGUGCACUUCUCCUCGAUGACCUCGAAUUUUCUCGACAAUUCUUGCACAAAAAUACAAACUGUGGCGUUUAAAACUUCCAAAAUGGACCAAGUAGCUCUUCUGAUAUUAUAGCUUUCUCGGGCCUCUCAGGGUCGAUGGAAGAGAAUUUCGUCACCAAAAGCCAACUUAAAAACACAGGCACGUUUUGCGUGCAUGAGCUAUUUUUAAUGCUUCGGUGUAACCGUAUCGACAAUCUACUGUUUUAAUGUUAAAUUAAGACUAUUUUUUGUGCGAAAUUGGGUAUUGCUGUACAUUAAUGAAAACGAGAACGGCUGCGCACAGCUGAAGCAAUCUUCAUACUAUAGAUUCACUUUUCUGUCUUUCCUUCGCGUGUCCCAUUGUGUCAUCCUGUGUCCCCUUGUGUCCCAUGCAUCCCCUUCUGUCCCCUGUGUCCCCUUGUUUCCACCUGUCUCCUUGUUUCCCCUGUGGGCAUUGUGUCCCCUUUGUCCCCACGUGUCCCUUCGUGUCCCCUUGUGCCCCCUUUUCUCUGGUGUCCCUUGUGUUUCCUGUGUCGCCUGUCCCCUUGUGUCCCCUGUGUCCUCUUUCUCCCCUUGUGUCCCCUGUUUCCUCUUGAAUCCCCUGUGUCUCCUUGUGUUCUUUUGUGUCCUCUUCUGUCCCCUGUGUUCCCUUGUGUCUACUUGUGUCCCCUGUUUCCCAAGCGUCUCCUUGCAUCCCCUUUUGUCUCCUCUGUCCUCUUGUGUCCCCUGUGUCCCCCGUUUUCCCUUCAGUCCUCGUAUGUCCACUUGCGUCCCCUUGCGUCCCCUUGCGUCCCCUGUGUCCCCUUGUGUCCUUUGUGUCUCUUGUGUCCCCUGUGUCCUCUUGUGUCCCCUUUGUCCCUGUGCCCCCGGUGUCCCUUGUGUCCCCUUGUGUUCCCUUGUGUCCCUUGUGUCCCCUUGUGUAUCCUGUGUCCCCUUGUGUACCCUCUGUCCCCUUGUGUAACCUCUGUCCCUUGUGUCCCCUGUUUCCUUUUGUGUGCCCUGUGUCCCCUUGUGUUGUUUUGUGUCCCCUGUGUCUGCUGUGUUCUCUUGUGUCCCCUGUGUCCUCUUUGUUCCCUGUGUUCCUUGUAUCCCCUUGUGUCCCCUUGUGUGCCCUGUGUCCCUUGUGUACCUCGUGUUUCCUGGUGUCCCGUGUCCCUUGGGUCCCCCUGUGUCGCCUGUGUCCCCUGUGUCCGCUUGUGUCCCCUGUGUUUCUUGUGUCCCCAUUGUCCCCUUGUGUUCUGUUGUGUCCGCUUGUGUCCCCUGUGUCCCUUGUUUUCCCACGUGUCCCCUGUGUCCCCUUGUGCUACCUGUGUCCCCUGUGUCUCUUGCGUUCCCUUUUGCCUCCUGUGUCCGCUUGUGUUCCUUGUGUCCCCUGUGUUCCCUUAUGUCCCUUUGUGUCCCCUGUGUUUUCUGUGUCCCCUUGUGUCCUCUGUUUCUUUUUGUGCUGUGUCCCCUUGUGUUCUUUUGUGUCCCAUGCGUCUGCUGUGUUCCCUUUUGUUCCCUUGUGUCCCAUGUGUCCCCUUUUGUUUCCUGUGCCCCUUGUGUCCUCUUGUAUCCCCUUGUGUCCCCACGUGUCCUCUGUGUUCCCUGUGUCCCCUUGUGUUCCCUGUAUCUUCUUGUGUCCCCCUGUGUCCUUUGUGUCCUUUUCUGUCCCUCUUUGACCUCUGUGUCCCCUUGUGACCCCUUGUGUACAUUAUGUCCCCUGUGUCCCGUCGUGUCCUCUUUUGUCCCCUGUGUCCCCUGUGGCCCCUUGUGUCCCCUUGUAUUUCCUGUGUUUCCUCGUGUCCCCUUAUGUCUCCUGUGUCCCCUCUGUCCCCUUGUGUCCGUUGUGUCUUCUUGUGUCCCUUGUGUUCCCUGUGUCCCCUUGUGUCCCCUGUGUCUCCUUGUAUCCCCCUGUGUCCCUUUUGGCCUCUGUAUCCCCUUGUGUUCCCUGUGUUUUCUCUUUUCCCCUUGUGUCUUCUAUGUCCCCUUUGUCCCUUUGUGUCCCAUGUGUUCCCUGUUCCUUGUGCCUCUUGUGUCCCCCAUGUCUCCUUUCUCAUUUAAAAAUUAUGAAAUAUUCCUCAUAUGCCUUCGCGGUUUUUUUCUUUUCGCACACUCAGGAGGUCAAAGGAUGUGAUUUUUCAUGAAAAAUAAAAAAUCAAAACAAAACCUUCUGCUUGACUUGUUUAGAAAAUAAUUUCGUUAAUUUUUAAUAAUCAACUAACAGCUCACUGAUUUAUCAAUUUGGCGGACCAACUUGGAGGCCCGGGCACCCCAGCUGAAAUGUUUGGGAACCCGAAGGGGUCCCCGAAAAUUUGAAUUGGGAGACCAUCGUUUAGGCCUGGGUACCCCAGCUAUUGAUGAAAGUGGAAGUGCAUUUAUUGAGGAUAUUAGUAAUGCCGGAAUGCAAAUUUUAGUGAACUACCCCAUACUCUUAGCAUAUUUGGUGGUAAUAUUCACGUAAGUUUUGUUUUGAGGAGAAAAGGAAUCCUUGUGUGUAAAUCAUCUUCUAGUGUAUUUAAUAGAACAUCUCCGUCUCUCCUGCACACAUUUGUUAUUGAUGCUCUUCUCAACUUUCCAAUGCCAUUCAACAUAAUUCUUACUUACACCUACACAUCCCGCGUAAACGCGUUCAGGCGUCCUCUUGCUUUCGUAAGAAAGCUCGAUCGAUAGCAGCGCUCGUAAUAUUAAGAGUAUAUCCACUACCUGACAUUAAUUUAAAUGUUGAUUAAAAACAUCAUUCUAUUCCAGGUCAAGUCUAAUUUCUUUUCUUUCCCCUCACAUUCAGCUCAUUACACACGUAACCUGCGUAACUGGCGCCUGUCUGUCACCGCAGUGAACCGCUGGCAAUCCCGCGUUUCUUUUUGCUUUCCCUCGAUCAUAGCAUUCAGCUCAUUAUCCACUACCUGACAUCAAUUGAAAACAUCUUCUAUUCCAGGUCGUAACUGGCGCUCAUCUGUCACCGGCGCCUGUCUGUCACCGCAGUGAACCGCUGGCACGUUGCCGUGACAUUACUUCGCAACCCAUCACUCAUAAAAUAUCGCAAACAGCGAUCUAAAGACAGUAUAAACAGUGAUGUUAUCGCCUCUGUUUAAAGCCGAGUUCAUGGAAAGUACAAGCUUCAUUUCUUUCGCGUCGUUAGUGUCCUUGAAGGUUAUUAGGUAGUUUAGGAAAAGUCGACUACAAUGGCAAAGAAAACGCCAAAUAGCAAAACGUUCAAAGAUGAUUUUCUGUCAAACAUUGGGUGCUCUUCUCGGGAAUUCAACUUCGGGAAUUUCAAAUUUUCCAUUUUAAAGGAGUUUGAUCUGACAUUGAUGAAGAUUGGAAAACGUUCAUUCAUUUUCAUAAUAAUACUUUAGUUGCUGUCGCCUUUUUCGUUAAUAAAGCUCUCUUAUGCCCCUAAAGUUACGAUAAUUAAACGGGCAACGAAAACGUGCAACUUGUUUUGCAACAUUGCGGCAAAAUUAAGCGACGUUGCGCCUUUUUACCACCCACAUUCAAACCUGUCUGGCAACAAAUCAGGUUGUUGCCAGUGCCGCAUCCAGACCUUUAGAUAAGGAGGGGAGCCGGUCAUCCAGACCCUUAGAUAAGGGGGCAGGUCUCCGGGCCCCUCCCCUGGAUCCGCCACUGGCUGGAGGUUGGGAAAAGCUAUGACAGAAGGUAGAGAGUAGUUCCAAGUAAGCUUGUUUUGCAGGAAGUGACGUAACUGCCGUGUAUGGCGUGACUCCCGCGUAAUUUUAUCCAAUCAGGAAUCAGUAUUCACGCUACUACAGGAACCUAUACUAUUUGUUGCAAGACAGGUUCAAACGUGGGAGGUAAAACGUACAACAUCGCUUUUCAACACGUUUUUGUUGCCCGUUUUACCAUCGCUCCCGGAAGAUGACACAAAACGUGCCUUGCAACUGUUCCUAAAAAAGUAUAUAUGGAUGCAACCAGGUAGUCGCAUUCAAAAGUAUUCCUAAACAAUCGCUGUCUAAAUGAAUAGAAGAUGUGGACAAAUAGAUAUACACAUAGUGCCCAGAAACGUAAUUUUCAACCGGACUACUGAUUUAAAGUGGUUGCUGGUUGGGUACAUCAAAAACCCACGCUAAAGUAUUGCUCUCGAGAUUUGGUAUGGUCUCACCAUAAAAAAAAAUAGUUUAAUUUUAAAAGUAUCUGUAAAAAGUAAAUUUUAAGUAAAAAGUUUAUCUGCCUUAAAUCAAAAAUACAGUAGAAAUUGACCAAAAACAAUACAUAGUACCUGCAUAUUGUUGAAAAUUGAUUACAUGUGGGUCAGUGCAGUGGAACCUCGUUUUAACAGACCUCUAUAUAACAGGGCUGUCAACCCCCACGUCUUCAAAUGUUGAGAAUUGUUAGGGAACAAAUGAUUGAUGACGUCAGAUCGCCCGGACCUUGACGUCAUUUGAGCAACAAAUACUCAUUGACUGUGAUCGAUGUAUAUGCCCCAUAAAACAGUUCAUAUUAAGCCACAUUAUUGCUUAAAUUACAAUGGCAUGCCAGAGUUUAUGAGAAACGUGUUAACAGUAAAAUAACUUCAAACCAAGCAAACAAUUAAAAUUUUUGGGUCGGAAAGUCGAGUCUACGAGAAAUGGCAAACUGCGGUGAUUCUCCUGGAGAUUUUCGACUCUAAUCUGGAGACCAGGAGAUACGGCCCAAAAUCUGAAGUCUCCCGGAUCCGGGAGAGUUGACAGCACUGAUAUAACGAAGUCUUCGGCGCGGUAUAACGAACGAUUUUCUUCAACGCGGCUAAAAUUACGAUAAAACGUAUAGCACAAAACGCAAACGUAAAGUAUAUCUUAAUAAAACGAAUAAAUGCCAAUUUGUGACCGAAAGAUAACUAAAGAUGAAUGCGAAACAGAUCAACGAGGAUAAAAUUUAUGUGUACUGUUAUUUAAGUAUAUAGUUUUGUUAACCUGUUCUUGUGUUUCUAAAACAAUAUAAUAGCUUCGUAUACCAAUUUUUAUAACAGAAAUUGGUCAGAUCCGGAAAUGCUGGGCGCUGGAAAUUAAUCAUUAACUAUACCUCGCUAUAAAGAGCAUUUUGAUUCUUCAGGGGCACCCAACGAGAAUAUAGUUCAAAUCCACUUAAACAUACAUUAACAUAUUGUUAAACGUAUUUUAGUAUUUAAACGGUAGAUAUAGGCAUAUUUUUAUCCCCUAAAAAUUUUUCAUCUGUUCGGAUUUCCUAGCUGAAAGUCUAGUGAUCCGAAAAUUAUAGGGAUCAAAACUUACCUUUUCGAAAAUUCCUGCCAGAAAAAAGGCUCCCGAAAAUUCUAGGUGACCUUUUUAGGGUAAAAAUCCGUUAAAAAUAGGCAAUUAGACCAUUUUUUAGAUGUUCGAAAAUCCUAGGAGAGGCAGGCAAGCAAGAAAUUUUACAACAAAUGUUCCGAAAAUUCUAGAUCUCAAAUCGUCUUCCGAACAGAUAUUUUCCGAAAAUUGUCUGCUUCUUUUCCCAAAAUUAAAAUUCGUUAAAUCGAGGUUUUCGAUAUAAGACGUAUAACGAACAAUUUUACCCAGUCCCUUGACUCUUCGCUCAAUCGAGGUUCCACUGUAGCAUGCACAGUGUAAUAAGAAACGUUUUACUGAAAAGGAUAAUCCACGUUUCAAAUAAUGCCUUUUUAAUUCUUAAAGUAAUAUAUGAAUGUUAUAAAUUUCUAACUUUAAGAGAUGAUUCGUAGUUUUCUAAUGAUUUUACUAUUUUGUAAUUGGAGUAAGCCUACAUAAUUAUACUCCUUUUCUGAAUUUCUGAAUUUUCUGAGAGUGUUUCUCUCUCCACGGCUCUCAUAACGCGAGAGAAGGACACUGACUCAAUACAAUUCCAGUUAGGAUUUAGGUUAACAUAAAAAUAGCCUGCGUGGCAGGCGCUUAGAAAAGUAGUGGGCGAAAGAGAGAACGGGCGCGUGCGUUCCAAGCGCCUGCUACCCCGGCUAACAUAAAAAUAAACCCAAGAACUUGGUAGCAGUUUUAUCAAGAGUGACUAGAGCUGGUUUUCUGGAAUACAUUUAGAAUGUUCAUGUAAAGGAUACAACAUUAUUGUUAUGGAAUACUGAUGACAAAAUCUCGUCUGAGUCUAAGUAACACAAAAAUCCUGUGUGAGGAACAUUUAAAAUUGUAAACUUUUCUUGGUUAUUGUUUGCAAGUCUUACGAUUGGUCGAAAUCUUUUACCAAAAAAACACCCUUCAAAUAAAAUAAAAUUUAUUUCGAUGAGUGCCCUUUUGUAGGUCAAUGCAGUCUAUGUGUGGGAAAACAUCCCAAAACCCGGGGGGUACUCAUGGGAAUUCUUGGUGGGGGUGUGCCGCCCUGUUCUCCAAAUCCUGACCCUAUUUCAGACCAUUAAGUGUUAUUUUCCGCACCCGUUGUCAGACCAGACCUCUAAAAACCAUACUUUUCAGACCUGGCCUUUAGGCAAAAAUUAUGUUAUCAUUUUUUAGAUUGGAGCGUAAACAAACAAAUUCUUCAAAUCCAUUUCGAGUUCGCAUAUUUCUCUUUCUUUCUUACUCAUUUGUAAUUGAAACGAUAAAUGCGUUCGUACACUCCUGUAGUUCCCUCGAAAUCCACACCCGAUUCUAGACCAAAGUGGGCAAGGUGUAUACCCGUUUUCAGACCAAAACGGUGCAAGAAUCCUACCCGAUGGGGCGGCACAUGCCUAUAUAGCUUAUAUAAGGGAGUCCCCCCCCCGGGGAAACAUUCCUUUGUGAGGAAAGCGUAUUCUACCAUAACAAACGAAAUUGGUUUCCUUCUUACCCGGAUCAUUACUUUAAAAAAAAGAAAGUUGCCUAUCUGUUUCAAACUACUGUCAACUCUUUCUGAGAUGGACACCUUGGGCAGUAAGUGUCGGUCUUAGAGAGAUGUCCGUCUUGUAGAGAGUCAUGGAAAUAAAGGGAGUAAAGAAAGGCAGGGACCAACUCUGGAUUUCCGUUGUACAGAGGUGUCUUUCAUAUAGAGAGUCAAAUAAAGGGAGUAAAGAAAGGCAGGGACCAGCUAUGGGUGUCCGUUUUACAGAGGUGUCUGUCUUAUAGAGCGUCAAAUAAAGGGAAUAAAGAAAGGCAGAGACCAACUCUGGGUGUCAGUUUUACAGAGGUGUCCGUCAGAGAGUCAAAUAAAGGGAGUAAAGAAAGGCAGGGACCAACUCUGAGUGUCCGUUUUACCGAGAUGUCCGUCUUAUAGAGGUGUCCGUUAAAAGAGUCAGAGUAAACUGUAGCCUUUUUUCCAUACAAAAUCAUCAAAUUUCCCAAAUUCAGCAUGAAGCGCAGGUUGAUAACCUGAAAAGAAACAAUGUCCAUGUUUUACGUUAAUACUAUCACCAGUACAACGUACAUUGCACAUGAGCACACCAUUAUUUGUAGGCAGUUAUUUGCAGGUCACGUGGUGGGCUCUCGGCCAAUGAAAAGGAAGAAACAUUUGCAUCGAAUGAUAAUAACUUUUAUUGGCGAUCAUUAAGGUGUUUAGAAACGGUUUUUGGGCAUGGAGACCAUACCGAUGUUUUUCAAUCACCUUUAAAGUGAUUUUAUCCUUGUCCGAUCAGUACAACAUUUUCACCAGUGGUUGACUAUGAAUUGAAGUUUGUCAAAAUACACUUGUUAAUAAAAUCGAUAUCACUAUGACAACAAUAAACAAAAACUAUGAAAUCGAUAACAUCCAAAUUUUGGGCGAUCUAGACCUGCCACUGAAAAUCCGACACCAAGAACUAUUAAAUGGUGUGGUGUUUAGCAUCUUUUCCGACAACUCGUGGGCCCGUGGGUAUCCGCUUACGAGAGCCAACAUGAACGGGUGGACGUACUCGUAAGGACGAUUUUGUCAGAACCAAAAUUUCUUCGACGGCCAAAUUUUAAUACCCAUGAUGCUCUGUGCCCACGAGAGCUCUGCUCUUUAAUUAAUACAGAAAUUAAUAUUUACUUAAGAUUUUAAGCCCUACUGACAGUGAUCUGCAUCAAAUUUCUCCUUGUAAUAUCAGUGCUUUGUAAAACAGAGUGGUAAUGAGAAUUACGGGCAUGAUUACUAUACACCAGAUGAAUUGGCUAGAUAUUUCAUCAACUUCUCCCCUCUUCUUCUUUAGGAAAUAAAUAGGGGCAACAAAUGGGACUUUAAAUUUUGAUCCUGGGGUUUAAAGGGUUAAACUAUUGCACUCAAUUUGUACUUAAAGAGGCUCUGUCACGCGGCUGUCAAGUAUUUGUUUGUUGUUUGUUUUCCUUUUUUACUGUUUCUUUUUUCAAAUAUAACGCAAAUUAAGCUAGUGUCCUUAUUGGCUAUGGAACGUGACAAAUUACUUGUGAAUGACAAAUUCAGAGCAUAGUAACAAACAAGUGUGCCGUCUCCCAAGCAAUAUAUAAAAAGGUACAAACAUCAAAAAUGAACUUUGAAAAAACUGUUAGGCUAACAAGUUUUCAAAAACGACAAUUGCAAUCCGUGCUUCCUUUUCUGUUUGCUGUGUUUAUAGUUAUUUUCACGUUUUAAGCAGUUAUCAGGGCCGUGGCCAGACUUCAGAACAAGACGAGGCAAGUUUCAAGCGCCGAACCCGCGAGCCGCUAGGGGGUCUGGGGGCAUGCCCCCCGCAGAAAAUUUUGAAACCUAGAGGCUCAGAAAUGCUCUUGUAAAUAUUUUCUCUGGCAUUUUUCUUCAGAAAAGUCAAUCAAGGGCAAGUGUAGAAGUUCACUUUUUUAUUGCCUAGCGAUACUGGUGCCCGUUCAGCCUCGCAUUAGCCAUGCUUGUUCGGGACCAGGUUUUAAGUGAGCUGAAGUUUAAAAAAAAGGCCAAAAUCAAGACGAGGCAACUGCCUUGUCUUGCCUCAUGCUAGCUACGUUCCUGGUUAUUUUUAUGUUUCCCUCAAUUUUUUUAUCCUUCUGUUUGAAUUUAGCACUUGGGACAGUUCGUGUCAGUUUACACUACGUAAGCAAACCGCUGACUCUCUUCUCCCAAGUUUCAAAGAUGGCGCGAAAUCCGGCGGACUGAGAUGCACGACAGCGAUUAAAAAUGGUUCGUUGUUCUUUUCUGUGUUUAUUUUAAUACAUUUCUUCACCAAUGCUGAUUGAAAUGAGUUCUUUUCCUGCAGGAUAUUCGGUCUUUUUUCAGUCCAAAGGGAAAGACGUCGAAACCAGCCGCCUUGAAGCCGGAAGAUAAACGCGGGAAAGAUAACUUAUCCACAAAACCUUCUGCUGGGAAAGGGAAAGCAAAGAGCAAGGUGCGUUGGUUGAAACCUUUCACGUUAUUUUUUCGGCAAUUGAAUUGUAUUAUAUUACGCUGCUGAUAAGGUUUUAAAAUAGGUAAUCUUUUUUUACGUGUAAUAUCUAUCAAAACAGAGGUAAACUUAAUAAUUAAUUCUUUCUAUAUCCUAAUAUUUUGGGAAUUGCGUGGACGAGAAACAUAUAAACUUACGCUUCCUUGUAGUUAGCUGUAAGGUUAAGACAUAAGUUUACUUUAAUUUAAAAUAAAUGCAUUCAGUACUGACGUUUUUCUUUUUUCACUCAGAUAUUCAUCGACUUAAAAUUGUUAUGAUUAGAGUUCACUGCAGAUAGUUGACACUUUGAUGGAUUAUUUGAAACACCCCCCUUACCGCACCCCACCCCAAGUGGCUCAUAUGUGGCAGAUAUGUAUACAUAGUUUUAUAUACAAAGGUGUAUCCUUCGAUGUCCUCCCCUUCCCCACCCAUUCCACUUGCAGGGGAGGGGGUGGGUGGCACUGAAGGGAAAAUUGGCUAAAGGUGUUCUGCCAAGGCCUUCAAGCCCCGAUGAAGGUGAGAUCUUACUUCAUGAAACUGAUUUACUUGUAUUUUCAGGGGUUUCAAUGAGCACUGAUGAUUGACAAAGCAUGUCGGCUACUUUGCUCAGAGCAGUCAGCUACAUUACUAGUUUCUUGUGUAAGGGUUAUCUCAAUGGCAAGACUGCCUUGAACUUGGAUGUACAAACCUAAAGUUUGCCAUGUUUAGCACUCAGCUGCCACUCCUUCACAAUCAGCUGUUGUAUCUAAUUUUAAUACACAUAAUUAUUUAAAUUAUUUAUUUAAUUUACUUUAGUUAAAGUACAACAGUAACCUGAUAAACUGACCUUAUGCUUUGCAAAACUCUUGUACUUCUUUAGGUAUUAUCGAGCAGUGAAGAUGAGGAGGUAGCAAAAAAGCAGAGGCACAAGGAAACUCAGAAGAAAAAAGCAAGGAAGUGUAUUGAUUCAGGUAAUAUUUCAAAAUGCUUUAAUUUGUCAGCCCAUUCGCUCCUGGAGAUUUUUGCGGAAAAACGCGUUUUGAAGCUAGUCGAGUGGUUUUCUGGUCACUGUUGUGCUAUAAAGAGCUAAAACUUACCACAAACCGGUUUACAGGUCGUACACUUCGCGGCCUUCUGAUCCAGAUGCAAAAUGUCAGCUUGCGAAGUUCAGGCAUGCGCAUGACUUUUACUUUUCGCUUUCUCUCCUCCCCUCUUUUUCACUUUUCUUGCCUCAUUUUUUUUUCUCUGGCUGGGCAUUUUGUAGGCUUCAUUUGGUGGGAAGAGUUUUUAGGAAAGCUUUUAGGAUCUUAGGAUUAGGUGAAAGGAAAGGUAGGUGAGCAAUGGAACAAGAUUUUCAUGGAGAUUUUCAGGUCAAUGUCACAUGGUUUUCUGCUUCUUUCUCUGGUGUCCUUGACUGAAUUGUGCUCAUUCUGGUAUGGUUUCAAAGAUCUCUCCACUCUGCACAAGUUAGCAGACAAAGUUGUCCUUGACCGUUAAAACUGAUGACGUCACAAAGGGUAGAAAGCAUGCGGAUCCGCACAGGCUGUUGCAGGCAGUUCAGGGGGGAAUGAUGAUUUCAUUGUUUCAUCUUGUUAUAUCUUGUCGUAAUGCAGUGCUCAUGAUGAAUUCUCUGGUUUACUCUAUGAACCUCAUUAUUUGCAGUUGUUAACAUGUAUUUUAGAGAUAAGGGUGUUGUUUUCAAUGUUACACGUACGUGUACAUGUACCCAUCCAAACCCUUUGGGCCAGAUAAGUAAACAGAGUUUAGCCAGUUGCGUUCUACUUCUAAGCCAUUUUCAGUUUGCCAAACGCUUUUCUGCAAACACCAUUUAUUGUGAACGGUUCCAUGAAACCAUUACAGUGUAGACUAGAAAAGCAUUUGUCUUUGUAUGAUAAUCCACUAAGGAAGAGAUGAUCUGGAGGUCCAAAGAUUUCCUAAACCAUGGUCUAAGUCAGACUUCGUUUAAAUAAUCGACCCUUAGUGUUUUGUCUGUGCCUUAGUUUGUCUCUUCAGGCUUGGCAAACAAAGACCUGGGUCAGUCCAUGUUUUUAAAUUAAAUGGAACUAAUGGCUGCAUUAGGAAUUACAAUGUACUUUUAAAAGGAAAAUAAAAUUGAAUUUAAAAUAGUUUUAAUGCUUUUUGGAUUUAUUUUUUUAGACUCUGACGAAGACCCUCUUCCACCUAAAAUAAGGUACAUGCAUGCCAUUAGCAUUCCCCUUUGUACUCUCUUAUAUUUAUAUAUAUAUGUACAGUGUACUUUGAUACAUUUGUCUCUUUAAACAAUCUAUGUGCUGUAAUAAUAUAGUUUUGGUGCUUCAGGGAGGAGCCAAAGUGCUUUCCUAUCACUGAAGGGCUAGUACAGUAAAGCUCUUGUGGGUAACAUCUGUUAUUAUUCAGGCUAACUAGCAUUUUCCUUUGUCACAUACAAUGUAUAACUUAUCAGGGCUAGGAAGCAAAUGAAAUUCUGAUUCAAAGUAGAAAUUAAUUUAGGUUGAGUACUGGUUGAACCUGAGAACAAAUUUUAGAUAAUACAGUCGAACCCCGCUAUUUCGAAGCCCCAAGGGAAGUGAAAAAAAGUUCGAAAUAGCGGGGCUUCGAAAUAACCGGGGAAGCGUAAAGGGGAAGGGUAAAUCAAAGGGCAUUCGAUCUUCCUUCGAAAUAGCAGGGACUUCAAAUUAACCGAGUUCGAAAUAGUGAGGUUCGACUGUAUUGUACCUACAGUGUGUAUCACUGAGCGGAUCCUGUUUACUGUAGGUAGUGUCGACCGAUCUAUCGGUCGAAAUAGCGGUCGACACUCGGUCGAUAGUCAGUCGAGACUCGGUCAGUAUUGCGGUCAAUAGUCGGUCAAGACUCGGACGAUAGUCGGACAACACUCGGUCGAGGCAUGGUCAAUAGUCGUUUCAGAUGUGUCUUGGCCAAUAUAGCUUUUCGUUCACCGAUACUUCACCAACACUUCACCGAUAGUUCGUCGAUGCUUCACUGAUGUAUCGGUCAGUAAUUGGUCAACACUCGGUUGAUGGUAGGUCGACACUUGGUCGAUAGUCAGAAGAUAGCAAGAAUACCUUAAAGAAUUCAUGUGGAGACGAUGGCAUGGUGAGCCUUACCCCAAUGGCUGUUUAGGUCGACUGAUGCAGGACAUUGCAGAACAGUAUCCACUGUAAAUAGAAAUCAAUGACCUUUGUUAACUAGCAUUUCCUACAUUUUUUGGUUGGAAAACAACAAAUUCGAAAGCAUUUUCUAGCUUGGACCUAACUAUUUUUUAAAUUGUGUUUGUAAGUCCAUUCUUUUCACAACACAAAAUAAUUCUUCCUUAUUAUUUUAAUGUAUCUCCUUUAGACUGUAUCCCUAUAUCUCUUUAUAUUACAGAAAGGCUGCUUCUAAAUCCAAGGGAGAUGUUUCAAGGCCUAAGAAGAGCAAGAGGACCAGCAACUUUGAUGACUCUGGUAAACAUAAGUAAUUUUUAUAACAGGAAAAAGUGGUGGCCUACGAAAAAAGCAUUCCUUAAAAAACAGAUGAGAUUUACGAAAGAUGCUCCUUGUAAUACAAAGUAGAUUAAUAGUUAUGUCUGCCUGCACCUUAUUGUCCACAUUAUUUCAUUAUAAAGAGAACUUUCAAUAAUCAUUCCGUAAGUAUCUUUAUGAGAGUAUAAAGCUUUGAAGUUUUGUUGCACAAGAAAGUUAAGCAACAAUACUUACAACAAUCCUUUGUGUGCUAUGAGAAGAAAUAUACAGUGUAGGAUGUGGUGCAUGAUGUGACGAGUGAUAACCUUCUUUUAUGCAAUACAAUACUUUACAUACAAAAAUAUGCCCCUCAUCCCCUUCUGCCUUUUUGGCAGCUGAAUGUUAAUGAUGAUUGAUGAUGGUGACUACACCUAAAUUAUAGAUAUAACUGUUAACAACAUAAGGUCCCAAAUUUCUUAAGCUUUCUCUAUGAAUGGAAAACUUUUAGAAUUUGUUAUUUUAUUUACACCUUCUGCUACUUCUGCUAUAUAAUGUUAAUGAUGAUGAUGAUUGAUAAUGGUGACUACACCUAAAUUAUAGAUAUAACUGUAAACAACAUAAGGUUCCAAAUUAUGUUCUUAAGCUUUUUCUAUGAAUGGAAAACUUUUACAAUUUUUUUUAUUUUAUUUACACCUUCUGCUACAUAAUGUUUAAUACUUAAUUGUAUAUACAGUACAUUUGCGUGUAAUGUACAUGCAUUUUAUGUUAACUGUCCUUAUUCCUUCUUGUGUUGUCAUUAUUCCCUUCUCUUCAUGCUUCAAAUGCCUUCAAUCAGUAUAACAAAAUUAUUUCUUUUGUAGAUGAAGAGGAAGUCAUUCCUCCAAAACUUAAAAAGUCUGUGAAGCAACCAGAAACCAAAGCAAGAAAAGAAGUUGUUCAUGUGAAGGAAAGGUACUAAACAGUUAUUGUGAAACAUUUCUUUACUACCUCAGGGCAUUAGGGAGCUUAAGCAACAACGGCAAUGAUGCAUACAAAAAAUGUCACUGAAAAAGUGAAUUCACACUCCCUCAAACUUUAUCGUGCUUGUUCCAUCUUGUUCAAUUUGUAAGAUCUUGGUGGAUUUUUCUGGAGUUCAAUUCCAAAGGACUGUAUCAAAGUUCAGAAAAAGAAAAAGGAAGUCAUUGUCUUGUGUUCACUUCGCUAUAAAAAGUGAAAUUAGGCAGUUUCACGUCAUAGUCGUGCAACAACGGCAAAGAAAUGUACAAAAAAGGGUGAUGCUCGUGCAAAGUUGUUGUUUUGCCAAUUUAAGCCUACUGUUUUUUUGCCCACUCUUGUUGCUGUUGUCUUUGUUGUUGCUUAAGCUCUCUAUUUUCUGAAAAAUAGCCCUCUAGAGAGAGCAUGUCUUUACAGUGUGCUGUUGUGCACUCAUUUUAUUGGCUUGCUAUGUCAUAAUUAUAAGCAUGAAACAUAAAGAGGACUUUUAAACAGAACUACCUCUAAGGCCCUUGUUUUUUGUUUGUUUGCUUACCUCGAAAUCGUACAUGUACCAUAGAGGAGAUUAGUUGCAAUUCUUAAUGUGAUCCCCAUUCUGCCCACAUACAUGUAUGUCAUUAAAUGAAGAUCCAGGAGUGAUUCAUGUACAGAAUAACAGUCCUAUAUUUGCUGCAAUUUAAUUAUCUAGGUACAAAUAAAUUUGAUAAAAUAAAAGCUGUCUUAUAUGAUCAUUGUUUACUGUGCUGAACACAUUGAAUUGAUUUUUUCAUAGUCCUGUCAAGCCAAAAGAAACUCAAUUAAAAGCCACAUCUGCACUUGACUUCUUUGGAUCAUCUCCUGCUGAAAGAGCAUCGAGAAAAGUGUUUGCCACAAAGAGAAAACAGGUUUGUUGCCUUAAAAAAUAAUGCAGAGGAAAAAACAGGCACUAGUAAUAUCUCUUGGUUAGUACACUGUGACUGGUGAAUUUAGUGGCCAUAUUUCACUGUUCAGAGCACUAAAUUCAAAUGUUUGUUUUGGUAGAAAUCCAUGCCAGAAAAACAAUGUUAAACUGGUCUUAGUUGUUAAAACGUCAGAUAGUGCUAUCCAACAGACAAAUUAUUACUGUCCAGAACAUAAGUAUUAGGGAAAUCAAUUGUGCAAUCCACUGGAUAGGGAUUUAUCCAGUCGAUAGCAUUAUCCAUCUUUUGAAUAACUGGGGCCUGCUUGUUUUGUGGAGUUUUGGAUUGUGAGUAUGUUACAUGUACAUGUCAAAAAAAAGAUUUUGAUGGCUCGGUAAAAUUUCCCUUUGUUUACAAGAUUUAAUCAUCAGGGACUGUCCUGCUUAAAUUGAAAACGUCCCCCCUCAAGUAAAACCCAGCGAUGGGUGGACAUAUCUAACCAACCUGCUUUUCGUGAUCUGUACUGUAACUUUACAUAUGCAGGGUUCUCAAUAGAAGGCGGCACCUGGCAAUUGAUCGCCGCUUACGUUGGGAUUUAUAGCCGCUUACUUUGUGUUUAAGUCGCUUUUCUUUGCUUUGUUUUGACACCUCUGGCUUUGCUGAAGAGCCUCCUACUUUAUCAGUGAUCACCUCCUAUUUAAAAAUCUAUUGAGAACCCUGCAUGUGACUGUAUGGAGCCCCUCUUUUUCUUCUUGUUUUAUGCUUAGGAAGUAAACCGGGGUAAAAACUUACAACAGACUUCAGACUCAGUAGGAGGUACAUUUUGAUGUACUACUGUACAUAAUAGACUUUAAUGGCCAACUCAUGAUAAACAUAAUUAUUAUUCAAGAUAAAAUGUUUCUCCCCUGUGCAGCGUUCUGAUGAAUCUGAAGAAAACGAUGACUCAAGAGAAACAAAGCAAGGAGAAAUCACAGAGGAUAAGGGAAAAGGAAGAAUAGAAGAUAGAAAAGUGAAUGGAAAAAAAGAAGAACAGCCAUCAAAGAAACGAAAAGAGGAACCACCAAGUCCUCACAAUGGUGUCAAGAAACCAUCUCCUGAAAAGUCAAAAAAGGUCUGAAGAAUACUUAGUAAAAAUUUAAUUAAUUAUGUACAUGUAUGCAUGGUUUGCACUGGGCUGGGCACUAAGAAUUACCACUUUGUAACUUUUUCAUGUAUUUAAUGUAGAAAUGUGAAGCGUAGCUUGAGAAAACAGGCAACAUUUCUCAACAAAUGACAAAAUGAGGAGGAACCAAAUGCAGAAAUUUCAUAUACCAAUGAUGUGUCACUACCCUUAUCUGGGCAGUGCUUCUGAUUGGUCAUGCUGUGAGGGAAACUUGCUUGAACCAAUCAAAAAUAUGUUCGACCCAGAUUUGGGAAGAAACAUGUCAUCUUAUGGAAUUUCUGUGCUCAUUUCUCAGUCAUCAUCACUUUUUGAUUUGGUUGAUCAGACAAAAGUCUUUUAAUUACAUGUAGCAGAUUGCAUAACCAAAAUUUUUAGCUAAAACAUGCUUACCUGCAUGAUAGUGAUAGUGUACGUUUAGGUUUGUCCAGCUCCGCAAAUAUUCUCCAAAUAACAGAUGUCGCCCUCCGAGUUGUCUUCUUGCUGUUUUUGCUAUGUUUUUAGCCAUUAUUUCACCUAGUUCCAGCUGUAGGUCUUACUUUUGAAAUGAGUGAAGUGUCCACCAUUUUAGUUUUCACAACAAAAACAACUCAACCUCAUCCCCAGGUCUUCUCGGUUAACGGUUCAGUAACCUCUGGAAGGCUGCAUUUUUGACGUCAUUCCCUCGUUAAACACAAAAUUCGUCCAAAUUUGGUCACCAGUAACUGGUUAUGGUGAAUUAUGUGCGUGCUGUUAGCCAAUCAGAAUUGGGGAAAUAUUAUGAAUGAAUAAGAAUUUAUUUUAUUGUUCAGCAAAAAAAAGAUUUUUGUUUGUGGAUUUUUUGUCUCAUCAUUGAUUGUUAUUAUUAAUUUUUGUAAUGUCUGCAGACCCCAGAGAAGCUGCCAAAAGUCACGCCUGCUAGCAAACUUGCAGCCAAAGCUGCUGCCACAGCCUUAAAAACCUCAGAGGUCAUACCUGAAACUCCUGCAAGAGAAACAAAAAAAGAUAGCCCUCAAAAGACUCCUUCUCCAGCUAAAGAAAGGAAGGCAGUUAAAAAAGAAUCUCCAACCAAGAGUACACCAAAGGCUUCAAAACAAGAUGAAACUCCCGACGAAGUACCACCAUCUUUGGAAAAAAGGAAAUCUAGUUAUCGCAGUUUCAUGCAGCGGGAUGGUCCAAGAGCAGUGGGCUCAAAACCAAUCCCUGAGGUUAGUUGUUUCCCACGACUUGAUUUUGCCUUCAGCAAGUAGAAGGAUAAGCUACUAUGUACAUGUACAGAUACCGCAUACCAGAUUUCAUUCAUUGGGGCUUUAUUUCAAGCAUCCCAUCUAACGUCAAGAAACUGUUCACUCUCUUCUUUUUUUUUUUUUUUUCAUCUCACCUUGUAGCAGGGCUGUCACAAAAGGUACAAACGGUUCAAGGUUUUCAAAGAAAAUUAACAAAAGGAAAACAGAACGUAAUUAAGUACUUCCAACUGCUCAUCUUCAGCCUCGCUAUGGUAUAUAUGCCUGGGCCUGGCAGUCAGCCCUUAGUGACAGCUCUGAAAUCACAAGAAGGUUUCAAAAUUACCUUACUUGGCUGGAGUGAAUUCCUCUAGUUGCCCAUGGUCAAUUUUUAUUUUUAUUUUAACCUACAGGGAGAGGAAAAUUGCUUGGAGGGCCUUACAUUUGUUAUAACUGGAGUGUUGGAAAGCAUAGAAAGAGAUGAUGCAGCUGAUUUAAUCCAGAGAUAUGGUGGAAAGGUCACAGGGUCAGUCAGCAAGAAAACAAGCUAUCUUGUUGUGGGCAGAGAUGCUGGUGAAAGCAAGAUAUCCAAGGUUAGAAGAAAUUAAGGAUUAAAAUAAUUAUUAAGGAUUGCUUUGUUUUCGUAGUCAAUUGAUAGAUAUGAUAAAUUAAAUCAGGUUGAUUCUCAAUUUCCCUUGUCUCCUAGUCUUAAUUCAUGAAUAAUUAGGGCUGGGAGACGAAGGAAAAUUGAGGAUCAACUUAGGUUAAAAAAUUUUAAUGUGAAUGUAAUGUACAUGUACAUUGUGCGUAAGACCAUAGAAUUAUUAUGUGCAACCCUAACAAUGUUGUGUUCUGUACAGUCAACUCUUUCUAAGCCGGACACCUUUUGGACCGGUACUAAGUGUCCAUCUUAGAGAGAUGUCCGUCUAAUAGAGAGUCAAAUAAAAGGAGUAAAGAAAGGCAGGGACCAACUCUAGGUGUCCGUUUUACAGAGGUGUGCGUCUUAUAGAGAGUCAAAUAAAGGGAGUAAAGAAAGGCAGGGACCAACUCUAGGUGUCCGUUUUACAGAGGUGUCCGUCUUAUAGAGAGUCAAAUAAAGGGAGCAAAGAAAGGCAGGGACCAACUCUAGGUGUCCGUUUUACAGAGGUGUCCGUCUUAUAGAGGUUUCUGUUAAGAGAGAGUCGACUGUAUAUCCUAGAGGUUGAUUUUCCCUGAAUACCAGUGAUGAACUUCCCUGAACCUUUCUUUAUUAUUAUUGUUAUUAUUAUUAUUAUUAUUAUUGUUGUUGUUGUUGUUAUUAUUAUCAUCAUCAUCGUUAUUGUUAUUGUCAUUAUCAUUUUAUUGUUACAAUUAUUAUUACUAUUAUUAUCAUUGUCAUUAUCAUUAUAUUAUUAUUUAAUGGUAUAUAAUUAUUUUUUAAAUUCAAGGCCAAGCAGGUAGGUACAACACAAUUAGAUGAGGAUGGCCUGUUUGAACUGGUCAAAACAAGACCUGGCAAAAAGAUCAGCUAUGAGCCACCUAGUGUUGAGAAGAAGCCAAAGAAGAGAGCAAAGGCUGAAGUAGUGGAGUCAACAGAGACGUUAAGUCAAGGGAAGGAUCAGUCAGAGGUAGAAUCAUCCCAGUUGAGUCAACAAUCAACAUCGUCUCCUGCAACUCAAACACCUUCUGGAUCACCAUCACUGAAAGGUUUGAUUCAUUCCUUUGACUGUUUUUAAGUGGACAUCCUGCAGACCCUCCGUAGAGCUGAAAAUUGGCCCAUAUUUGUUUCUAAGGGCUGGGGGUACAUAACCUGUGAUCAGACCUAGUUCCUUUCUCAGGGUGUGCGAAAAGUCAGAUGACAGACACCUGACCACGUAUUAAAUUUGCUGUUUUAAAAAGUAAUGGUAACCUGAUAAAGCACAAAGAGUCCAGUUACAAGGACAAUGUAGACUAAUGUUCCCCUUUGCCUUUUUCUUUCAAACAGACCUUUGUUCCAAGUUUCCCAAAAGCCUCUUGCACCCAUAUCUAACAUAAUUUCCUAAAUUUCCCCUCUCUUCCAGACCCAUCCCCCCUAGAAACCAGUAGUAACCCAUAGUUAGGAAGUGAGGCCGAGCAUGCGCGUUUACCUUAGAGAUGUGAUUGAUGAGAACCACUUUCAUAAUGAAUCAGAGAAAGCCCUUUUAGUUCCUUCCAGCUUGGGGUGCCUGUGGUUAUUUCGAUUGAAACAAUGACUGUUUCAUCACUUGCAUGUGCGUUCACGGGAUUACCAUGACAUCGGACGGACGUUUAACUCAACACCAGGUCCUUCACGGCAACAUACCAUGCAUAUUUGUACGCAGAACACGGGCAUCCCAAGAAUGUGGACAGAUUUUGGAAAAACCUCGUUAUACAGUUUAUAAAGUGCAGCUGAGCAAGAAAAGUCUGCAGGCUCGCUUUAGCUCACCCGCAAUAACAUGUACCGGUUUACAUUGCUAACUUUAACUUUCCUUCUUCAGGGGAACCUAGUUUAAUGUGGGUUGAUAAGUAUCGCCCUCGCACAGUAAAGCAGAUUAUCGGCCAGCAAGGUGAUAAGAGUAACAUGAGGAAACUAAUGAACUGGCUUAGAGACUGGGAAAAAAAUAGGAAGAAGCCACCAUCUAAAUGUAAGUCUUAUUGCAUUAAAUAUUAAGUGAUGAUUUUUAUGAUAGCAAGGACUUAAGGCCAAUCGUCGAACUUUUCAUGCUGCGAAUCAAACUCUAAUUUUGGUCUAAUGAAAUUAAGCUAAGAUCACCUUUGGGUCAGGCGUCGAACUUAGGUCGCGUCGAACCAAUCAACUGAAUCAGAUAAGUAAUAAAUUUUCUCCCGAACGAGACUAAAUAUACAUGUACCUUAAGUUUAGUUCGUCAAAAGUGAAGAUCAACGUUUGUCCCAGAGACGAUCUUAAGACGUUCUAUCCGCUGCUUCCAAACUCAUUCAGACCAAUUUAACUGAUCCAGACGUCGAACUUUUCAUGAACUUAACUCCCUAAGUUCGGUUCUUCUCAUAAAAAGUUCGACAUUUGGCCCAGGCCUUUAAAAGCGACCACCACCACGACGGCAACAUGAAAAAUUAUUCACGGGAUGUAUGAGCAAAUCAACAGUUCGACACGAGCAUGUCGCUUUUGGAACAUUUGGUUUUUGUGCGACGUUGUAUGGAGGAUGUGAACACGCAACGGCUAAUUUUCCUUUCCCUUUCUGAACUUGGAUAGAGUCCUUAAGAAUCUAACUGCAAGAGAAUUAGCCUACAAUUGUCUGAUUGGCUAAAGCUAAAUAAAUACGACAGAUAACAAUGAUGGUACAUGUAGAAGUUAUUAUUAUGAUUAUUAGGUUAAUAGUGAUGACGAAUGCAGUGUUCUCCUUAUCAGGCGGUAACCGGUAAAAUUUACCGCCUGAAGCAACACUUCUUACCGCCUGCAACUGCUUAAAGGUUUACCAAAAUUAAAUAAUUUUUUUUAAAAAAAAAUAUGCGAGUUGUGAUCCGAUCCGAUCCGAUCCUCACAAGAAAAUGAAUGAAUAUGUGGAAAAGUAUAGCUACCUAAGUACAAAACGUACAACCCAAAAAUAAUGCACGUGCAGGAACUUCUUUUUGCGUCCGCAAGCUGGCAACUUCGUGCGGCUUUUUGCAGGGCGCUUGCGCUUGAAUCCAGCAAGACGCAAGAACUUCUUUUGCGGUUAUAAAUUUAACCACAAGAAUUUCUUAAAAUUAUCUUCUGCAAAGGUAACCUUUUAAGCGAGAAAAUGUGUACAAUUUUGAUUUUAAAAAAAGCAGCGCUUCAAAAAAUAAGGAACGAUCGUAGUAUGUUUCACAAAAGAGCCGUGUAAUUUGAGACCGCACGUGCAACUGUGUCAACUUAAAGCGCUCUCGGAAAAAAAAGACAUGCUAAAGUAAAGUAAGGAAUAUUUUCACCAAAGGCUCUUUCAACUUAGCGCAAUAAAGUAAUAAUAAUUCCCAUGUUUUCUUGUGGGCAGAAAUUCAACGCCUUUGGUUUGUUUUGCCGAGACUAUGGUAUUGUACUAUGAAAUGAUCCAAAUAAUCGAAAUGUUCGAAACUACAGAUCGUUUUGUUAAACAAACGCCUCACACGCUUUAUCUAACUUUGGAAAAGCUAAACGACUGAAGUGUUCACUUUGCAAAAAAAGCAGAGAAAGCUGUUCGCUUUCCCAGGCAACUUUUUACGAGUGUACUUUCAUGAUUACCUUUUGCUGCCACAGAGUGAAUUAGUAUCAACGCUACAAAACGGUGUUGUCACAAAAAGGUAACAAACACUACAAACGUGUUUCAGGUUAACACUUAUAAAGAACUUCAUGCGCCUUCUUGAGACUUGCGGUAAUUUUCUAGCUUCUUGCCGUGAAGAUUUUUGACUUCUUUCGUAAAAUAGGUCUUAAAAUAUGGGAAUAAAAAAUUUCCCAGUGAAGGCGGGUCCAUGUCCCUCACUCCACUGUCCCCCCUCCCCCCCUCUUAGAAAAGUAUAUAUUUUUUGCCUUACCGUCCACGAAUGGUCCCUUACCUGCUGAGCUAAAAUUUAGGGAGAACACUGCGAAUGACAAUGGUCACAUUUGUCAAUAUUGUUUUGAUGAUGCUGACGACAAUGAUGUAGGCGGUGUCUUGAGUGGUGAUGAUAAUGAUGUUGACGAAAACGACAACGACGACGAUGAUGAUGAUGAUGAUGACGAUGAUGAUGAUAAUGAUGAUGAUGAUUAG